AAGAAAUAAGAUGGAAACUCAUUUUUUCUCACAUGAGGAAUAUUUUGGAUAUUUAGUUGCAGAAGAAGAGUCAGAAUCCAGUGGCUCUGGCUUCGGCAGAGGCAACAGUCGGCAGUCAUCAGUGAAUUCUGCUGUCGAUGAUAAGUAUAAGAAAAAAGUUGGCAAAAAGAAGCCAGGAAUCUUCAAAGGACUUGGUUCCAUGUUCAGAUUUGGAAAAACACAGAAAGAGUAUCGACAAUCCCAAUGGCCUCACAAGCAAAGGUGAUGGGGAGGUUGAUCGCUCAGAAGGUCGGACAGAAGUCGACCGUGCAGAGGUUGAGAGGCUGGCAGCUGCAAGACGCCUACAGCAGGAAGAGCACGAUCGCAUGCAGGAGCAGUAAGGGCGCAUGAUCGAAAACACUGCUCGCAGCAAUCAGCAGCAACAGCAGCCUCAAAUGAGACCAGAUGAAGGAGAGCCUUCUCGAUCUGAGAGGAUGCAUCAGUUGCGUGCAGAACACCAGCGUCGCCAUGCACAGAGGAACAGAACAUAUCCUACAGAUGACUUAGAAGAACGAUAUGAAAGUGCGAUAAAACAGGUGCUCGGAGAGAGUGGGGACUCGGAAGCUGACAAGGCUAACAAUAACACGCUUAACUCCACUGACACCAAGCCGCAAGUAAUGUCCGAGAACAUUGUGCAUAGGCGCUCCAAAACUCCCAAACCAUCCUCCUCAUCCUCUUCCUCUGGCAAUUAUAACAAAGCAAGAGGUGCAGGGAACCCCAAUAGACACUCUUUCCAUGGGACGAGUUCUAGAUCCAAUAGCACAGGUGGCACGGUCAAUCGCAACUCAUUGUAUGUGUCUUGCAUCAAACCAGUUGCUGAUUCUCCAUCCCCUCCUCUGUCUCCCACUUUGCCUAAGCCUGGUCCACCUCCAUAUGUUCCCCCACCAAACAGAUAUGUGUAUAAUGAUGCUAUCUAUUCUAAGCCAUGUAAAGAACCUAAGAAUACCAGUGAAAAGCCCUUGAAUUCUCAACCUCCAAGUUCUGUCAAUGAUGAAAUGCAAGUCAAUAACCUUUCCAAUUUCAUCAUUCAGAAUUCGCUUUCAAGGAAGCCUCCCCUUCCGCCUAGAAAUAGGCCAGUGAAUAACAACUACAAACCUCCCUUGCCUCCUUCAAAUCCUAAGCCAAAAAACUCUGCUAGUCCUUCUCCAGUGCCAAUGAACCAAACGAUAACAAACCAAAGCUCUUGCAAGAGUUCUAGUCAAUCGUCUGAUUUUAGUCAGCUGAACCAAAUUAACCCAAACUUUACCUUUUCCUUCUCAAAGUCCAUUUCUGGAGCUGUCACUGUUUCUCACUACCCCUCAAGUGACCCUCCUAGUGCAAACCCUCAUGGGGAUGUCGCAAACAGAAAACUUUAUCAAUCAGAACUUGGGUCAACACAACUCGACUUUUGUGGUGUACAGUUCUAA